CCCUCUUCAACUUCAAUUUUCAUUCUUUCUUCCAACUUCAUCAAUCCAACGAAAUGGCCCCUCGCCCUCGCGGGAUCCCUUCCUUCUUCAAGAUCAUGCUCGACUGUUCCGCUACUCAUCUGCCAUUGCCAACUGGUUUUGUCCGCAAGCACUUGGAGAACAACAUCCCUGAAAACGCAACACUCCGAUCUGUAAAUGGAGGCUAUUCAUGGAGAUUGAAGAUAAAAAAAGAUGGUGAUAUUUACUGCUUUGCUGAUGGAUGGAAACAGGUAAUUGAAGAUACCCGGUUGGAGUUUGGGGAUUUUAUUGUCUUUUGGCUCCUUGGUCGCUCCAUCUUCAAGUUCUUAAUUUUCGGUACCAAUGGGUGUGAAAAAAAAUUCCCGCUUGAACAUGAUCACAUUCAUGAUGAUGAAGAAGAAGAUGAUGAUAUUGAUGGGGAUGCUGGGGAUCCUUGCUUUACGAAGGUUAUACCUAAAAAGGGAAAACAAAAAUUUGCUUUGGUAAGAUUUGGGGUAAUAAGUAAUCAUAAAUUCAUCAUAUAUAAUGAUAAUAACUUUUGUUUGCAUCAGCGGUUUCCGUUGGAAUUUGCACGAUUGAUCAGAUUGACUGCAGGAAGAACAAUGAGCAUGAAGAAUCUGGAAGGAAAAGAGUGGCCAGUAAGGUUACUUUCAGAGGGGGGACAUUAUACAAGGUAUUAUUUGUCCAAGGGGUGGAGUGAAUUCCUGCGAGAUAAUGACAUAUGUGAAGGAGAUACAUGUGUAUUCAAGUAUCUCAGAACCGAAGAUAAGUUCUGUCUAGCAGAAAUCACCAAGAAAAGAGUUCAAGCCGACAGAGCUAUGGCUGUUGAAGGUCUGAAGAGACCAAGAGGGCGGCCGGCACGUGUGGUGGUGGAGCAGCCAGCCGGAAAAGUUUUAAAAAGACCGAGAGGUCGGCCGCCGCGUGUGGAGGUGGCGGUGGAGAAAAAGGUGAGGCCGACAGAGCCAGAUGAAGGCUUGAAGAGGAAGAGUGUGGAGAGUAAAGAUGGCGGUGUGGAGAUGGUGAAGAGACCACGUGGAAGACCAUUUAAGAAGAAGAUGGCGGCUGAAGUUGAUAAAAAACCCUAACAAUACUAACUUAUAUGAUGUAAACAAGUGUAACAUUUUUUUUAUAAACGUUACUUAUUAUUAUUCAUCCUCGCUAACAAAUGAAAAUAAUUUUGCCACA